UAUCAGAGAUAUGGCAUACAAAUUACCAUCUAUAUUUUAUGUGAAAGUAACUGAUGAUGAUGAGAAUAAUUGUGUUCUAUUCGAAGCUGAUAGACGAAGUGAACUAGAAGAUAUCUUAGAAGAUCCAUCACUGUAUUAUAAAAAUAUUCCGAAGACUAUAUUGUAUAAUCUUUCUCAUUUCUUUAAUAAGCAUCGGAAUGGUGUAAAAUUCAAUGAAUUGAUGUCUUUAUACUGUGCAGAAUAUGGCCGAGCUUAUGAACCAUUAAAGUAUGGCUAUUCUUCUGAAAAACACAUGUUUGAAUCUUUAGACAAAAUGGUUGAAAUAGAAAAUAAUCAGCUGUUUACAAUAGAUCCUUUUGCCUAUGCAGAAUGUUUGAAAAAUAAAAAUGUAGAUGUAAUAAACCACCAAGAUAACAGUUCCAUUGUAUUAUUAAUGGCUGAUGAUUUUUUAUUGCAUUACACUGGAAAGGACAUCUGCAAUGGGAAAUUUAGGUAUUCUAAAAUUAAGUUGAAUGAUCAAAAGGUAGCAAAAGUCAUAGUUUCUGAAGUGUACAACCCAAGUUCAUUUUAUAUUCAAUUAGAAGCAGAAGUCAAUAAUCUGAAUAAAUUCAUGGACACAUUGCAAGAGUACUACGAAAAAAAUGAAGAAAAAUACCAAGUUAUACCAAGGCUUAUUCUUCCAGAAUUGCCAUGUGCCUCAUGCUAUGAAGAUUCUAAUCUGUGGCACAGGGCUAUGGUUUUAAAUUUUGUUGAUGAAGAAAAUGUGAAAUUAUUAUAUGUUGAUUAUGGAACAAUCAAAGUAGUAUCAAAAACAAAUGUAAGACUUUUAGCAUCACGAUUUGGAGCAUACCCUAUUCCAGCAGUACAUUGUGGUUUGUACAAUUUUAGCGAAUUGAAUUAUCCACGAGAGAUAAGUGAAUCUUUUGCUGAAAUGACUGAUGAUCAUGUGCUGGAAGCACAGUUUCAUCACCCACAUUUUGAAGAUGAUUCUCAAAAAAUGAAUGUCACAUUAUUUUUGAAUACUGAACACAACAAAAUUAAUAUUAACAAAAAAUGUUUUGAAGUGAUCAUGAAUCAAAUAACACAAAUCCAGAAUAAAUUGGAAGAAUAAUUGUUGAGUAAUGCAAGGAAAACAAUGGACGUUAGUUUAAAA